ACCACUGAGUGCAUGUCUCACGGCUUGUGAGUGCUGUUCCCAGAUCCGCAGCGUCUGCACAUGGACCCCAGCAGCGGGACAAGGAAGCAGCUUCAGCACCACGGCCAGCGCCCGGGUAGAUCGACAACUUCACCGUGGCCGUCAGCGCCUAACAGAGGCGCAGAUUCAGCACCACGGCCAGCGCCGGGACACAGCUGCAUGUUCAGAACCACGGCCAGCGACAGCAUCCGCGCCGGGUCCGGCUCCCGUUUCAACCCUAUGCCUGCACAUGCAUUCCGUGCCUUUAUCACCUCUUCCUUCGAUCAUUGAUUUAACUGCAACGCAAGGCGAGAAGGUGAAGCCAGUUAACAGACGGCAAAAGCAAAAAAAACCCAAAUAUUUCUAUUUUUGCGUUUCCAAGGAAUUCAAUAUUUAGCAAAUGACACUUAAAUCUACCAUCGACUGCAAAAAUUUCCUUACAACAUUCUGGUCGCUGCGUUAUUUGCAAUAAUCAAAAGAAGUGGAUCUCCAGGAUAUUGCUAGAUCACACUGUCCAAGCGGAUCAGAGAUUUUUGUGUUGCUGAAGACGUGGCAAGUGGAUGAUGUGAACUCAAUGUUUACAAACCAAUGCAGGAAGCAAACCUAAACUGAGGACACAUGUCAAGUCCUAACUAGUUAUGCUGGUUGGUAAUGAAAACUGACACAAUCCACAAAUUUGAGGCAAAUAAUCCACCAGAAUCUGUCUGAUCUGAAAUGUACAAACAACUAAUAGGUGGAUGCUGAUGGCUGUCCAAGGUUUACAUGAUUAGGAAAAUAAGUCUACCAACAAACAAGUAACUCCCUAUCCCAAAAGAGGAUGGGUGAUGGACUAGGAAAAAGGGAUUUAAGGUCUCCAUCCUUACAUCGCCCUACACACCCAUGGCUGCUCCAGUUUCUGUGGAAUGGGCAUGGAAUGCUUCCACUCCAGGAAGACAGCACCGAGUCUCUCCUACAUCCAUCCUCUUCAAUCAAAGUCUCGUAUCCAAGGACAGAGAUCUUGUUUCUCAGUCCAUAGGUCUCUUCUUCAUGUUAUUGGUUGACCUAGUUGGGUUAAUUGGCAACACUGCAGUGAUGCUUGUAAUUAUAAGGACCCCAUUGUUCAAAAAAUUUGUUUUUGUUUUCCAUUUGUGUGUAGUCGAUCUGACAGCUGUCUUAAUCCUCAUGCCCUUAGGGAUGAUGUCCAGCUCCAAUCUUUUUGACAACAUAACUUUUGGUGACACCUUGUGUCGGAUAUACCUCUUCCUAAGCAUGUUAUUUAUAAGCGCAUCCAUAUUGUCUAUACUGGCCAUUAAUGUUGAACGCUAUUAUUACAUUGUACAUCCAAUGAGGUAUGAGGUAAGGAUGACACUGAAGUUAGUGGUGUCUGUCAUUAUUUGCAUAUGGAUCAAAGCCACUUUGAUGUCAAUUCUGUCGGUCUUGGGUUGGAAUUCCCAAAGACAUGUGAACAAUCAGUGUUCCUGGCAAUGGGGCAGAGACAUGUACGAAAAGGUUUUCAUAGUUUUCUUUGGCCUGUUUUACUUCUUGUUCCCAGUGUUAGUUAUCCUGAUUGUUUACUGCAACAUGUUCAAAGUUGCCAGGGUUGCAGCACUACAACAUGGACCCUUGCCCACUUGGAUGGACACACCAAGGCAAAGAUCAGAAUCACUCAGCAGUCGGUCCACCAUGGUGACCAGCUCUGGAGGGACAAGGGCGUCCCCACAACGGACAUUCGGCGGAGGGAAAGCAGCUGUCAUCCUCUUUGUGGUUGGAGGCCAGUUUGUAUUCUGCUGGUUGCCAUUCUUUGCAUUUCACCUGCACUCUGUUUUGAGCCCAAGGUCAACCCCUCUGGACCUUUGGGAAACCAUCGUCACGUGGAUUGGGUACACAUCCUUCAGCAUCAACCCCUUCUUUUACGGAUGCCUCAAUAGACAGAUCAGGGGGGAGUUAAGCAAGCACCUCAACUGUCUCUUCAAACAGACUCUGGAAGAGGACCUCCGGUUGCCUAGCCGAGAAGGUUCCAUCGAGGAGAACUUUAUGCAGUUUUUGCAGAGGACAGGUUGCAACGCAGAAACUAGGUCUAGCUAUGAUGCUUCCAGUCCAAAGUUAGACCAGUCGGCACUGGGUUUCAGGAUCCCAGGUCAGAUUGUGGAGGAAACAUCAGAAUUCCUUGAACAACACAUAGCCACUGACUUUACAAUGUCCAACAGCUGCAUUCGAAUUAGCAGGUCUCCAAAACAUGAUGCUUAAUG